AAACCCGGAGGAGCUGCGCGCGCUCAUCCGGUCCGGCUAGGGGCGCAGCCAGGCAGCUGGGCAUGCUCAGUAGCGGGAGGAGAUUUGGGUGGAGAGUAGAAAGCUUUGGCUCUGCCCCCACCUCCCGCUCCGGCCCCCGCCCCCCUCACCCCUACCAGCCGUAGUAGUUCCCAGCCAGCGCCGGAGCCCGGGAACAUGGCGCUCAGAGUGAUGUAGCGGCAAGGAGCAGAGACGAGGCUGCGCCGCCUCGCUGACAGCCGCGACCGGGUAGGCGGGAUGCUGACUGAGAGUGAGGUGGACAUAAUGAAAAGAGGAAGUAGCUUUGAGAAAGAAACACAGUGUGUGGAAAUCUCACCCAGUGAGUGAACUCUGUGACUCAGCAAGCAGCAGAAAUGUGAACUACGAUCAACAUGGGCAUGCGAGUUGGGACUAUGCCCUCUGUCCCGGACUGGACAAAAGAAAUACACUGUGGUGAAUUCUGCCUCUUGCCAAAAUGAACACUGAGGAAAAAUGAAAAAAACUGAAGAAAUCCAAUGAAAAAAUACAGAACAAGAAUAACCACCCCCUUCUGGAGUAUUUAAUUUGUCAACAGCUACUGUUAAAAAAGGAUUUUUCAUCAUGUUUGGGAAGAAAAAGAAAAAGAUUGAAAUAUCUGGCCCAUCCAACUUUGAACACAGGGUUCAUACUGGGUUCGAUCCACAAGAGCAGAAAUUCACAGGCCUUCCGCAACAGUGGCACAGCCUGCUAGCAGACACGGCCAACAGGCCGAAGCCCAUGGUGGACCCAUCAUGUAUCACACCCAUACAGCUGGCGCCCAUGAAGACAAUCGUGCGAGGACACAAGCCCUGCCAGGAGAGCUCCAUCAACGGGCUGCUGGAGGACUUCGACAGCAUCUCGGUGACGCGCUCCAACUCGCUGCGCAGGGAGAGCCCGCCGACGCCGGGGCCGGGGCUGGGGCAGGGCGCGGGCCGCGCCGCCGAGAACGGCUUCCCCAGCUGCUCGCGCUACUCCAGCGAGUCGGACCCCGCGGACGGCGCGGCGCUCUACGCCGACGAGCUGCUGGACGCCUUCCACCGCGGCAGCCCCGCGGCCCGGCAGAACGGCCACGUGCCGGGGCCGCCGUCCGCGCCACCGCGCCCCGCCGACUGCCGCGCGCGCCCGGACGCGCAGGGCCGAGCCACGGAGCCCGGCGAGCUGCUGCGCUGGGAGCCGCCGCGGGCGGCCAGCAGCUCGCCCCUGGACUACGCCUUCGCCUUCCCGCCGGCCCGCGCCUCCAAGGAGAGCCUGGCCUACAGCGAGAGCGACUGGGCGCCCGGCCUGGACGACUACGAGCGGAGGCCGCGCUCCUCCUACCUGACCCAGACCAGCCCGCAGCCGGCCAUGCGGCAGAGGUCCAAGUCCGGCUCGGGGCUGCAGGAGCCCCUGCUGCCGUUCGGAGCAAGUGCAUUUAAAUCCCACCCCCAGGGCCACUCCUACAGCUCCUACACCUACCCUCGCCUGUCCGAGCCCACCAUGUGCAUUCCGAAGGUGGACUACGAUCGAGCACAGAUGGUCCUCAGUCCUCCACUGUCUGGGUCCGACACCUACCCCAGGGGCCCCGCCAAACUACCUCAGAAUCAGAGCAAAGCAGGCUAUUGCUCAAGCAGCCACCAGUAUCCCUCUGGGUACCACAAAGCCAGCCUGUACCACCACCCUUCCCUGCAGACCAGUUCGCAGUACAUCUCCACUGCCUCCUAUCUGAGCUCUCUCAGCAUCGCAUCCAGCACCUACCCUCCACCCAGCUGGGGCUCCUCUUCUGACCAGCAGCCCUCCCGGGUGUCCCACGAACAGUUUCGGGCUGCCCUGCAGCUGGUAGUCAGCCCGGGAGAUCCCAGGGAAUACUUGGAUAGCUUCAUCAAAAUCGGGGAAGGGUCAACAGGCAUCGUAUGCAUUGCGACUGAAAAACACACAGGGAAGCAGGUGGCAGUGAAGAAAAUGGACCUCCGGAAGCAACAGCGGCGAGAGCUGCUUUUCAAUGAGGUGGUGAUCAUGCGGGAUUACCACCAUGACAAUGUGGUCGACAUGUACAACAGCUACCUUGUUGGUGAUGAGCUCUGGGUGGUCAUGGAGUUUCUGGAAGGAGGUGCCUUGACAGACAUCGUGACUCAUACCAGAAUGAAUGAAGAGCAGAUAGCUACCGUCUGUCUGUCAGUUCUGAGAGCCCUUUCCUAUCUUCACAACCAAGGAGUGAUUCACAGGGACAUCAAGAGUGACUCCAUCCUCCUGACCAGUGAUGGCCGGAUAAAGUUAUCUGACUUUGGUUUCUGUGCUCAAGUUUCCAAAGAGGUGCCAAAGAGGAAAUCACUGGUAGGCACGCCCUACUGGAUGGCACCUGAGGUGAUUUCCAGGCUACCUUAUGGGACAGAGGUGGACAUCUGGUCUCUUGGGAUCAUGGUGAUAGAGAUGAUUGAUGGUGAGCCCCCCUACUUCAAUGAGCCACCCCUCCAGGCGAUGAGGAGGAUCCGGGACAGUUUACCUCCAAGAGUAAAGGACCUACACAAGGUUUCUUCAGUGCUCCGGGGAUUCCUAGACCUGAUGUUGGUGAGAGAGCCCUCUCAAAGAGCUACAGCCCAGGAACUGCUUGGACAUCCAUUCUUAAAAUUAGCAGGUCCGCCAUCUUGCAUCGUUCCCCUCAUGAGACAAUACAGACAUCACUGAACAGAGGAUUCACAUAGAUGACAGAGCUAGAUUAAGAUAUGAAAACAAUUCAGGAGAACAUGAGGAAAACCACAGAACACGCAAAAGGCCUGUGCAUUCUAGACCAGCUGAUUGGUGGGACAGUGUGAUGACCGGCAGGGUUUGACAGACCAGGGCAUCUUCUUGUGUCUUAAAUAGGCAUCUCUUCACUGACAGCUGGCAUGGUCAUUUGGAGCAUGGCUUUAAGAAGUCAUUAUUAUGUAUUUCAGCCCUUCAUCCAGGAAAUCAGAAGGACUCAGUACAAACUCCGUUAUGAUACAUCCUCGCCACAUGCAGGGUACCGCAUAGGAUUUUCUAUAUUGAAAGAAUACUUUUCUGGCAAAAAAAAAAAGAAAGAAAGGAAAACAAAAAGCACUUUUUUCUUAAUGGUAGCAGUGUAAUGUAUUUUGCAAUGAAUUUGUAAUUUUUCUGUACGAUAGUUUUGAUAAUUUAUAGUACUUUGAUGUCACGUAGCCAUUGUAUCGGUUGAAGUAAUACUUGUUUACUAGCAGGGGUUUGAACAAAGCCUUUCCUACUUUUUUAUCCCUUUCAGAAAACCAACAAUUCUUUAGGAACUUUGAAUACUGAAUGACUCUCAAUCACUGUCAGCUUUAGUAGAAUAUCUUUCUUAUCUUAACAAGUGUCUUAUGUGAUGGAAGAAGAAAUAAGAGUGAUGGUGAUGGUGUACACAUUUCAUUCAUCCAACCAAAAACAAUGAAACAAAAUUUGAGCCACAGUAUACCACCAAAUUCUUUCUUGGGAUAAAGCUAGAUGUUUUGAAAAAUCGUAUUUUCCUUCAAGGCUUCUAAUAGAAAACCACUUUUUGCACACCAAGAUGUUACCCUUUGUGCCCCCCACCCCCAGAAUGGGCAUGACAUCUCUUGUGGCCAAAUUUCCCUCCCAGGGAAUGAUUUUCAGUGCUAGGCUCAUUGGACUCAGUUCCCCAAAUUGAAUGUUUCAGUGAGACCUGAGGAAUGCCAGGCUCACCAAGGGAAAGAAGUGUGAACAAGGCAAGGUGUUUGGUUCUGUUCGUCACUGUUUUUAAAGCUGUAUGCUAGCACACCAAACUCUUGUCUGUAUUUACCUUCGUACCACAGUAUUAAUCACUAUUGUUCAUGUAUCGUGCUGGAAGUCUGAAUUGAUAUCAGCUAGAGGGAAAAUUAGCAAGGGGGUUUUUCCCCAGGUAUGAUCUGACUUCCGUUGUGACCAUGUUAUAAUGUGUUUCCGACAUAGGAGAGUUGUGCUGCUGUCUAGAUCUUCUUGAAUGUUGAUAAAAAUGAAUGACUACUACAAUACAUUUUGUGUUGCUUGUUGGAUGAAUUUGCAUGUUAAUUGUAGGCCAAUAUAGAUUUGCCUUUAAAACUCUGAAGGAGCUACAUAGUCAUCAUUAGUUUUAUUAAUUAUGCAUCAGACAAAAGCCAUUUGUUACCAAACUGGAAGCCAGAGGCUUUUCUUAACAACUUCACGUACUGCAACAAGUAUGAAUUUAAAUUUGUGGAAAUUCUCUGGUUGCUCUAAGCAUAAUUAAGAAUUUUUGUAAUUAAUAGGUUGCUAAUUAUUUAUUAUAGUUAAAAGGAUAAAAGGCAUAAAAUGACCUUCAAUUCAUUAGAUUUUCAGUUUUCUCCAAAACUGGAAAUGCCUCACCAUAAAUAAGAUCUAUAAAUUUGUUUCAUAAAACAUAAAAACUCAAUGUUUUAUGUAGAAUAUUAAAGUAUUAAUAUAAAUAUGUGAGAAUAAAAGCAAUCUAAAUCCAAAAAUGGCAGUCCUAGAAGUUCAUGGAACAGAUUGUCUUAAUUUAACAGGACUAUGUAGAAGUGGAAAGAAAAGAAAAAGAAAAACCUUUUUCAACCAGGACAACAUUAAACUCAUUGCAGAUAAUAGUGGAUUUGGGGAUUCAAACAUUUUUGACAGUGUAAUGGAAAUUUUUUCUGUAAUUUUCUUAUCACUGGGUAUUUUUUAAGGUAUAUUGAGUUUACCAAAAUUCAACUCUAGCUUAAAAAGAUCUGUGAGCACUAUUGGCAGAAACUGCACUUGCAAAUAAAAAUAAAUGUUUGCCUUUUCCCCCUU